UCGUGUGAAAUUUUUAUUAGCCGUGCAUCAAAACUUGACUACAUGAUACACAGCCUGUCUGAUAGGUAGACUAAAGUGCAGCGGCGGUUAACACAAUCUGGCGAGAAGCCGGCCAAAGGCGCUCGGCCUGGCAAACAGCUCAAUAAAGGCGCUCAACCUGGCGAACAGCCGAAGGCGGCCACUCUACCGUCCUGUGGUCCCUUCCCUGCGACAAAAGCCUUCUCAGACGAGAUGUCCUGGGGUAAUUGAUUUGAAAGGAUCAACGGAUGUCCAUCCCUUAUACAGUCGCUCGAUUCAUCCAGCCCGUCUCGCUAGACAGCUGGGAAGUCGAGGGAGAGUACAUCACGCCCAUGACCCGAAAACCGCGGUCAAGGGGGUCAACAGCAGCUGCGACAAAACCAGCCACAACUGGAACACCUUUGCAAGAUGUAAAGUAGAUUCUCCUGUCUGCGCAAGCAAACUAGUGCUGCAAAGCACUCGGGCUCCGGAAGCAGAACCAGAAACGAAGCGAAUCAAUGAAGAUCGCCAACACUGCCACGGGCACAAAACCUAGCCCAGGCACAAGAUAUCGAUACGAGGACCGAUGACGAGUUUGUCGAACCUCCACGGAACGACCAGAGACUGAGCAACGUUGCUCGACGGAUACACGCUCUAUACUGAGAGCCGUAGUCUAACGAUGGUAUACUGACCACCGGGGGAUCC